AUGCCGCCCAAGAAGCUGCCGUCCAAGCUCACGGCGCAGGGCUCGACGCUGAACCCGCCGCCCACAGCGCGCAGCUACCGGCAAUCACUGCGGACCCCAGAAUUGCCAGAGUCGGAUACGAUUCCUCCAUUGUGGACGCCCAAUGCCACUCCGACCGAAGUUUUCCCGGAAUGGACAGACCCCGCAACGCUACCAUCGGAGCAUUGGGGCACGGCGGAAGAGCCUUUUGAAGAUCCGCUGACGCCUGACAAGCUCCUUGUGCCAAUGGAGGCAAUCGGCUACAAAGAGGAGAUCACGUGGAAGCGUCCGUGCCAGUUCCUGCCAGUCAUUGUGGAUUUGCCGGUGGUGCCUGCCGCGCCUCCUCCUCCAGUCCCAGAGCCAAAGGCUGCAGGGAAGAAAGGAGCUGCGCCUGCAGCGAAGAAAGGAGAACCGGAACCCCCGAAGAAACCCCCUCCGCCCAAGCACGCACACCGGCGCUGGAGUCCAGAACAGCUCGAUGCACUUCAAGCCUGGGGCAGAGAGGAAGAGCGAAUCGAGCGUGAACAGCAGAACCGAGAGCGGGUGUACAUGGGCUUCGAGGAUGCCAUCGCGUACAUUGUCAACGAGCGCCCUCGCGAUCUUCUGGCUGAAGUGGAUUUUGACGCGGACGAUCUGGUGGACGACGGUGAGGAUGAGGACGAAGCCAUUACAGGAGACGUAGAUGUGAGCAAUGCCACGUCUCCUUGGGGUGUUGUGCCGCCUCCACGAAUUGAAGUCGCUCCGAAUUCCGUGUACAAGCCUGAAAUUCCCCAUGGAGAGAUCGUUCACGCGGAUAUGGCAUCCUACUUCCGAAUUGUGGAGCAACUCUACAGCUCCGGUGAAGAAACUGCUAGUGUUGUUCCCAAUCCAGCACCAUUUCUGUGGCAAGCGAUCUACCCGCAGGACAGCUCAGGACACCCAGCGUAUAACGCUGGAGGGAAGUACAGCGUGAAACUAUUUGUCUUCGGCCGAUGGCGUCGAGUUGACGUGGACGAUAAGUUGCCGGUGGAUUCCGAAGGGAACGUCAUUUAUCUCGCCAGCUCCAUGAAAAACGAGAUUUGGCCGUCGCUACUGGUGAAAGCGCUGUAUAAAAGCGCAGAACCCGGCAGCAGAAGUGGUAGCUUGGUCGAUGGUAUGUGCCAAACCAUGGUGCAGAUUAUGCUGGCACUCACGAGCUGGAAAGUGUCGCGGUGGGAGCCGGGCAUCAGCCAAAGUUUCAGCGAGAAUAUUUACCACCAGCUCCAACAGUUUGUGCCACGUACUCAGCAGGCAGAGCAAACCGACGAGUCCAAUGAGGUAUCACUGGAAGCAGACAUUGCUGCUGACGGUACAGCAGAAGUACCACCAGCAGUGGAAGAGAUCGAUGAUACAUCAGAAACUCAAAGCCUGUCCAAGCCUCGAGCUGUUAUUUGUUCAGCAGGCCAAGACAGAACUGCCGACUUGAUAUUUGGCGAGGCUGUAUUGGUUCCAGAGAAACCCGAUCAAAGCGUCGACAACCUGAACAAACCAUCAGCUUUGAUGGCGACUCACCUCGCCGUUGAUCCCAACGGCAGCGUGAUCCUGAUCGAGGAGAAGGAGAAGAAGAAGAAAAGCUCACGGUCUUCGUUGCCUGCUAUCGUAACACUGAACUCGAUAUUCUCGGGCUACAUCAGCAUUCCGGCCGUGGAUGCAGGUAACAUCGUGUACCGCAUGUAUCCGCAAAAGACUCUGCGGUAUGGCUACAGCGUGCAAGUUGAGUCGGAUUGCAAGGUUUCGUUCCAAGACGCACCUACGUAUUGGCGCAGUUUGAGUCACCUUCGCGUCAUGGAGUGCGAUGGAACGUACCCAGUCAUGCUGCCCGGAUCGUGGAAUAUUCUCUUCAAGCAGAGCUUUGAGCUGACCCCACUGACUGACGAGAACGGAGAGAAGUUUGCAUCUCCGCCUGAAUUGAGGAUUGAUCUUCACCUUACAGAGGAACUUCUGAGCAACUUCACGCAUAUUUCUGUUGUGAAUGACGCCACUGCCUACACGUUGAUCGUCGACUGCGCUCCUGGCAACUUCCACGCUCGUGAAGGCAAGUGGAAACUCACUCUGGCUAGCGACUGGGAUGUCGCCAAGCCAACUACUCAUCAAAUGAAGUUGACCCGAUUCGAAGGAGUGUACGAACCCAACAAGCCGCUAUUGUGCUUCCGAGACGUGAUCAUGGCACCAAAGCAGUCAAUCUGGACCAGCUUCCAGCUCCAGCUCCUUCAGGACGGAGCCGUUGUGACUCAUCUCGCUGCGAAGCUGGAAGUCUUCGACUUUGGCGCCGAGCAGAACCCCAAAAUAGCUCGUUCUUCCCGUGGCUCAAGCGGCAUCAAAUGGCGAGUCAAUUGCUGGAGCACCGAAGAGGUCAAGUUGCUGGACGACAACACCAAGGAGCUCCAGUACGACGCCAUUCGAGCGUCCUGGGCGGAAAAGGCCGUGGACCGCAACACGAACGGAGCCGUGUCACGCUUGCUGUACCUGGGCAAGCUGGACGAAGCGGAGGCGAGGAUGAAGCAAGACAACAUGACAGACGAGCAGAUCGCCAAGGUCAGAGGCCGCUUCGAGUGGGUUCAAGCGGUCAAGAGCAAGGAAGUUGGCACAGGCGACGAAAAACUUUUGUCGGAGGACGAGCUCAAUGAGAGCAGACGCCUGUUGUUAGAGCGGAUUGGUGUCGUCGAGGCGGACAAAGAGCAGCGUCGAGUGGCUCGCGCUCUGGCCAAGGAAGAGCGAGCCAAAGAGCUGAAAGACAUGGUUCGAUCUGUCAUCGAGAAACGCGGCGCCUCGCUCGAAAGACAGCAAGAACUGAAACGAGAACUUGCAGCGGUGCAGACCCGAUCAGCCUAA